AUGCUAUCCUGCAAAGCCUGCCUUACACGGGCGCUUCAGCCCUUAUCGGGGAAGGCCUCCUUUUCCGAACUAUCGUCUACUUUACCCAUGCUACAACAUGGGCCCUCCGGCAGCCAACGCCGACUUGCCCAUAGAAAGGCAACACCCACGACUGCCGCAGGCCGGGCGUUUUUGAAAGAAGGAAAGGAAAUAGAAAAGGACACCCACGGCGGCAGCGAGGAAUUCGCAGAAAAGAGACGGAAACAGAAGCUCGACUGGGCUGUGUCGAAACAUCUUGAGCACCUGGAAAACCCCUUCAACAUCGCCAAGCACGUCGAGGCCACACUCCAGAAGGGUCGUUUUGAUGAGGCACUUCUCCUUGUCCAGCGCGCCAGCGCCAAGGAUACCGACCUCGUCGUGGCCUGGAACCACCUCAUCAAGUACCAAAUCAUGGAGUUGAAGCGAGUCAACUUUGCCAUCAGUCUCUUCAACGACAUGAAGAAGCGCGGCCAGUCGCCUAACGAACAAACCUUUACCAUCAUCUUCACCGGCUGUGCAAAGUCCCGCGAACCGAAAUCUGCCAGUGCCAAGGCCCUGACUCUGUACAAAACGAUGCUCAAGGAGGACGCAAAGAUCAAGCCUAACUCGAUACAUGUCAAUGCCGUAAUCCAGUGCUGCGGCCGCGCAGGCGAUGUCGAAAACAUGUUCACGCUGGCCGACUCGGCCGAUGCCAAAUCAGGCCGCAAGAAUACUGCUUACACGUACACGGCCAUCAUCAACACUCUACGCGCAGAGGCUGAGAACCAGGACAAUCGCAAAGGGCAGUCUCUCCAACAGCACAUCGAUACGGUGGAGCAAACGAUCACGCGAUGCAAGCAUAUAUGGGAGGAGGUCAUGCGCAACUGGCGUAACGGCAAGCUGGAGAUCGACGAGGACCUGGUGUGCGCCAUGGGUCGUGUUCUUCUCCUCGGAGGCAGUAAGGAUAGAGGCAAGAUUCUCACCAUGCUCGAAGAGACCAUGAGCGUCCGGAACUACAACCGCACGCCCACGGGCGACUACGCACACCGCAUCAAUGACGAGAUGAAGGGCAUCAGCGCGACCGGUAGCGCAAAGCGCAAAGCCACAGUCCUCUCGCCAAAGAUCAAAUAUGCCGUGCCGCGGGCCAACACCCUAUCCCUCGUCCUCGCCAUCGUUCGCGAGCAAAAACAGACCAAGCUGGCCGUGAAAUACUGGGACCUCUUUGUCCAUUAUUACGGCGUCAACCCCGACACAGACAACUACCACCAAAUGAUCCGUCUCUACGAGCGCAGCGGCUCAAGCAAAGACGCCGCGAAGGCUGUACAGCAAAUGCCCUCUGACAAACCUGUCCCUCCUAUCGUCUACCGCCGCGCCCUUUCCGCCUGCAUCAACAACAACAUGAGCCAAAACGCAUUCUCCGACGCCACGUCCAUCCUGAACACGAUGCUCGCCCACGGCGCCGCUCAGAAAACCCCCGUGGACGUGCGCGCCCUCCUCAUCUACAUGAAGGCCGCCAUCAUCUGCCACUUUAACUUCCGCCAGAUGGACAAGGCGGGCGACACCAAGGGCGCGAAGCGCGGCUACUGCCAGCAACUCGCCGCCGCUGUGGAGAAUCUCUGGCAACCCUUUUCCGCAGCCAAGGAGGCCUUGAUCAAGUCCCAGGGCAAAAACGUGGCCCGGAAACGCGCCGAAGCUGUCGAGGACCUUGCUGACCUUGCGCGCAAGAUGAUUAGUGCCGUCGACAAGGUCGUCAACGAGAAAGCUCUUGCUCCCGACGAGGAGGCGUUCAUCAGCCUCAAGGAGAAGCGAAGCAAGCUGAACCGGUUCGCGGUCGAGUUUACCGACCCGAACCAACGUAUAGAGGAUACUACGCCCGCAAAGAAGGACGAACAGGAGAUGUUGGACUUGUAA